CGCAAAAAGCGAUACUACAUAAACAACCACGAAUUAUAAACAAAUGUGGAAAGUAGUGCAAUAAAUUGAACGUGUCGAAAAGAAAAUAAAUAUUAACAAAUAACAGACAACACUGUGCGUGUGUCAUGAAGGAGAAUAACAAGAUCCUUCAGCUAAUAAACGUGGCAUGGCGCGAACGCUGGUCGGACUCACAGUGGGGCAUCAACAUCAAAAAGGUGCUGCCACGCGGUGUCAGCGGUGAUGUCUACAAUUUGGCAGACUGUUUGCUGCAACAAGCAGUUAUAGGUUCGACAGCCAAUCCUUUGGUGCUGAACUAUCUGAAGCAUUCGCUCUGUGCUCAUUUGGUUUCCCAUGCCGCUGUGCUGCGUUGCAUAGCUAAAUAUGAUAAGCUGACUCGUGUUUAUUGUGUCACAGCGCUGCUGGAGUUUCUGCUCAGCAUCAUAGAUGGCAUUACCUGUCGCAUCAAAUCGGAGGAGUCGCUGCUGCCUGGCGCCGUAGUGCAGCUGGUCUUGUGGCUAAUGCAAAUCUUUGCGCGUACUGUGCAACAAUAUGAAAUGCGUGGCGAUUUGAGUGCAGAGCAAAGCUACAUGCUGGAACAAAACUGUCUGCUUAUAGAGCAAUUAACGCAGCAACAGUUUCUGCUGUCCAUGCUGUAUGUGGGCUGCCACGAGGAGCUUGAGUCGCUGGAGCGCAUACGCGAUACGUAUGCUAGCAUUAAGGCCUCGCUUACGAAUUCAAACUUUACGCUCAAUACGCCUGCGGCUGAGCAACAGCUUAAGCAGCUGGCUUAUAUAGAUGCCAAGCAAUUGGAGAUGCAGCCUCUGAAUGCGCCGCCACUGGCGGAGAAGAUUAGCUGCUGUGUGCAGCCUUUAUUGGCAGUGGAAGUGCUGCUGAAUCCGUGCAAGGAUACCUCAUACUAUGUAGCCGAGCUGCAAAUGCUGCAGCGUCUCAAGGGCUACAGCAAUACGCGUCUGUUUUAUGAAAUUAUACGCGCUGGAUUUCUAACGCUCAGCAAUGUAGCCGACACUAGUGCAGACACCAUGUGGGGCGCUUUUAUGUUCUUCAAAAUGCCGCAUAUUAUUAAACAGCUGCAUGCACUGCAGCGUGUGCCCGGCGAGCAGUCGCCUGCCUGCACAGAUUAUAUACCUGAACUUGUGGAGGCCUUGGAGAUGCUGGUGGAGGAUAAUUUGUUGCUGGACUUUUUGGACACUAAGUGCUCGUGCAAUAUAAUAGAGUUCUUGCUCAAUGAUUGGACCAAACAGCAGCUAGUUAAUGAGCUGCAUGUCAAGAAAUUUACAGCACAACGUGAGGCUGCUUCGCUGCUGCUUAAGAAGUGCGACAAUGGUCAGCCGACGCCAUCAAAUAUAAAUUUUAUUAAGCGUGCCGAGGUGCCACUGUCAGGUUUGCUGAAAACUUUGUGUACCACCAAGGUUCAGGAUAUGGUUAAUGUGCUCUGCCAAGUGCCUGUGGGCAAUAGCUUUGAGCUUAUACUAUCUGUGGCCACAGUGGAUGGACGACUUAAGACCUUUGUCUCACGUUUAAUACAAUGCAAUGAGAAUUCCAAGCAACUGCCUGGAGAGCUGGGCAAGCUUGCUGUCAUACGCUCCACACUCUUUGAUGUUUCAUUUCUCAUGCUCACCAGCAUUGUUCAAAACUAUGGUUCCGAUGUUGUACUCUCAGAGCGUGGCGAUUCCUUCUUUGAAAAGUGGGUGCGCGAGUGCAUGAUGGAGCGCAAUAAGCUCAAGAACCCACGUCAGAUAUUGGCGUUAUGCGAUGACAGCAUUGUGGAUGAACUGCUGCUUAGUUUGAGCAAGCCAGAGUCGGCGCAGCUGAAGCCUAGUAAUCUCACCUGGCAGGAUAUAUGCCUCAACUUGCCUGGAGUGCUGCAUCAUGUGCUUAUCGCCUGGGAGCAGGAGACGCUUUCGUCUGCCGAUGUCAAGAGCAUAUUGGACAAUAUCAAGCGGCGUCUGUUUAGCUUCUCAGUCUGUGCCACGUCCUUCCUCUGCGCCUAUAUGUACUCGGUGCGCGAAACAGAGCUGCUAAAGCCUUUAAACAUGAUACAACAAUUUCUGGCGCCGCUUACUAACGAGGAGCUGUCCAGUCAGGAGAAUGCCAAGGAGCGCAAUGCACUCUCCUAUCAAAUUAUACGCAAAAUGCAGCAUGAAGUGCAUCCAGUGCACAAUACAAAAUCGCGUCUUAUAUCAAAUACACCGCUCAUUGAGCAAUUCCGUGAGAUUUGGCGUUCUGUAGCCGAGGCUGGCGGUCAUUUGCCUGUGCGUGCGGCACAGACUCUGGAAUCAUUGCUGCUCGCCGGUGGCUCUUCCUGGCUGGUGACACAAUUGGUGGAGCAGCUGCUUAGCUGCAAGUAUCUGCGCGAUAUGUCCAAGUGCAUGGACAUUGUGUUUGCCAUUAUGCAUUUGGACAUUGAGCGCAAUACAGAGGCGCUGUUGCAAUAUGUGGUCGCUCCCAUGAUACUGCGUCGUCAAGGCGAGGACAUUAACGAGCCACAGCUGCUAGUUCUUGCUAGACUCUGUGUUUAUUGCAUUGUCUCUUGCCUGGAGACGCGCAGCUCUAACGCUGCCAGCGCUGCAAUAAAGAAACGUUCACGCUCCCAUGAUGAGGAUGAAUUGGUCAGUGCAGCCAAUGUCGCCAAGGUGCGCAAGGUCUUAGAUGGCGAGAGUUCAAAUGAUUUUACAGACGGCAGUGCCCCGACAGCUGGUAAUACCGCAUCGCUGUCCAGCACAGAGCUGCGCAGCCCGCCGCUAAGCCUUAAGGAGCCUCUGCAGUCGAGCAUGAAGCAUAUAUUUCGCGUUUUUCUGCAAUUUGUUCGCGGCGAUGAACUGUCGCCCAAGUCCGUGUUUGUCUAUCAGUUCAUCUCGCUGCUGGUAGAGUGCGGGGGUGAACGUGUGGCGCCUGUGUUACGACUGCUGCCUGCAAAUCUCAUGCAACAGCUGCUCAAGGUACUGGCCACCGAUGAUAUACGUGUGGGUCUCAUCAGUCGCCUCUACGAUCUGCGUUUACAAAAUGGUCGCCAGACUGCGGUGGCCGAUCUGUGCCUCUGGCGAAAUAUGCAGCUGGCGCGGCACAGCAUACAUUUAUAAGACAUGCUACCUUUUAAUGAAAUAAUAAUUAGUUGCUAUGAG